CUGAAUAACUAUCAGUCCAACAGUAAUGAGAACGUUCAGUGUUUGGUGUCAAACUUUGUCUGAAUGCCAACUACUUCAGUUUCCAUGGAAAGUCCACUCACUUUCUUUCCUUGUUUUCUUCCUGUUCCACCCUGAGCAGCCGAGGGGUCAAAUUCCAAACCCUCCCCCCCCCAUCGGAGGAGUGACGGAACAUGAAAUCACAAGUGUGAGCUACAGCAAGUGAAAGUGCUGCUGCUGCCGUUACUGCUGCUGCUGCCGUUGCUGCUGCUGCCGGUGCUGCUGCUGCUGUUGCUGCUGUGGGAGAACGUCGCAGUGGAACUUCACCUUCUUCAGAGAACCCGCUCCACGCUGAGAAGUUUGACCAUGGGAACCUGUGACCCCGGAGUGACCUCUGACCCUUUGACCCCUAGAGCAUAUGCUCGACAACGAAGUUUGUUCCACAGUGUCAAGUUCUUCGUCUUCUGCCACAGUCUGCUGCAGCUGGCUCAGCUGCUGGUCUCAGGCUACAUGAAGAGCUCCAUCUCCACCAUCGAGAGGCGCUAUGGCCUGUCCAGCCAGAGGUCGGGUCUGCUGGCGUCUUUUAACGAGGUUGGGAACACCAUCCUCAUCGUCUUUGUGAGUUUUCUCGGCAGUCGGGUUCAUCGGCCGCGGUUCAUCGGGGGCGGAGCUUUGCUGGCAUCUCUGUCCUCCCUGCUGAUGGCGCUGCCUCACUUCCUGAGUGGACCAUACGAACACAGCACCAGUAUCAGCUCAGCCCCCGCCCUCACCUCCGACCUCUGCCAAUCAAACCUCACCUCCUCAUCUUCUAACCAGAGCUGCAGUCAGCAGCAGAGCGACGGCCAGCAGGGGGCGUACCCUCUGCUGCUGCUGGCUCAGCUGCUGCUGGGCGUGGCGUCCGUGCCCAUCCAACCCUUCGGCAUCUCUUACAUCGACGACUACGCCAGCAGGAGGAACUCCCCCCUCUACCUGGGAAUCGUCUUCGCCGCCACCUCCGUGGGACCGGCGCUCGGCUUCAUCACCGGCUCCAUGAUGCUGAGGUUCUACGUGGACUUUGACAAACUUUCCAAAGACCAGAUUCAGCUGGACUCCAAAGACCUGCGCUGGGUGGGGGCCUGGUGGCUGGGCUUCCUGCUGGCCUCCUGCCUCCUCCUCCUCGCCGCGCUGCCUUAUCUCUUCUUCCCCAAGAGCAUGGAGCGAGAGGAGGACGUCGAUGCUGCCGACAGUCAGACGAAGCCGCCGCCACAGGAAGUCUCUUUUGUCCAUUUCCUCAAAAGUUUUCCUGGCACCGCUCUGCGGACCCUGCGCAGCCCCAUCUACCUGCUGGUGGUCCUGGCCCAGGUCAACCUGGCGGCCAUGCUCGCCGGCCUCGCCACCUUCAUGGCCAAGUUCAUCGAGAGACAGUUCAGCCAGACCGCCUCCUUCGCCACGCUGAUGAUCGGGGGCGUCGGCAGUCCUCUGGGCGUGCUCGGCACCGUCCUGGGUGGAGUUCUGAUGAGAAGGUUGAACCUCUCCGUCAGUGGAGCCAGCAGACUGUGCUGCGGCGCCAUCUUGCUCUGCAUCUUCUCCUCCAUGCCCCUGCUGUUCAUUGGCUGUUCCACCCAGAAGGUCUCUGGAGUCUCCACACCGAGCUCUCCCGCUCUCUCCUGCCUCCGUGGCUGCAGUUGUCCUCUGGACCUGUUCAACCCGGUCUGUGGUUCUGACAGGAUGGAGUUCCGGUCUCCGUGCCACGCGGGCUGUACCUCCAGGGAGACGGACGCCAGCGGUCGGAUCACAAACUACACCGACUGUGGGUGUGUCACUGGUUCUGGCUCCGCCUCCCCUGGGACCUGUGGCAGUGGAUGUUCUCACCUGCUGCUCCCCUUCAUGCUCCUCCUGGGGGUCACCUGCCUCAUCGCCUCCUUCUCCCAGACGCCGUCCUACAUGAUGAUCCUCAGGACGGGGGACUCCGAGGACAAGUCCUUUGCCGUGGGGGUCCAGUACAUGCUCUUCAGGGUUCUGGCGUUCAUGCCCUGCCCCGUCCUGUACGGCAGCAUCAUCGACACCACCUGCCUCCUGUGGGGCAAGAAGUGCAACACGCAGACGUCGUGUCUCUACUACGACCUGGACAGUUUCAGACAGAGGUUUCUGGGUCUGGAGGCGGUCUUCGUGUGCGGGGCCCUGAUCUGCUUCCUGCUCACCGUCGUGGUUCUCCGGAGAAGAUCGGUUCUCCAGGAACCUGAGGUGGAAAAGAGAAGCGGCUACGAGCUGGUGGACGGACGGAGACCUGAGACACAGGACAACCUGAAGAGCUGAGGGGAGGGGGGGGGAGGGGGGUGACCUUCCUCUGGACCAUCGACUCAGACCAGGUUUACUGUGAUCCAUAUGUACUUCUCUGUACUUCUCUGUACUUCUCUGUACUGCAGUUACACCACAGUACUACACAUAUAAACGUACUCUAGUUUACUGUGA